UCGACAGAGGACAGUCCGUACUCAGGGCAAUACAACACCGAGUACUCCGUACUAACUAGGCUUGUACUAACUAGGCUCGAGGACGCGUUGUGUGUUGUGAUACAAAUCAUUAUUUGUGUUGCGUGUCGAAGUGUUUAGUGUCUUUUUGUGGUUGUACAGAGCCGGUCUUUUUGUUGAUAAGAAGACUAUUUGUGCGCGAUUGAGGCGAAUAUUCGGUUCCAUGCAAACGGUUCAGUGUAGAUAAGGCAGUUUAAGUAUACAAAGGUUCGGUAUGAGGGAUAGCUGCACAGUUCUAACAUGUGCAUUUAAGAAGGCCCAGGAUGAGGAAACUGAGCUCAUGGCUGCAAUUUCUAAGCUACAGGGCUUAAAAAACAAACUGAAGGUGGAGGAGCUGAUUCUGAUGGCCGAGAUGCGACAGCGCUCCAUGCAGGCGGCACGGGCCAUGUGCCAGACGAGCACCGUGCAGCGGCCGCGGCCGGCGACCGGCGACGCGCCACCGUCGCCCGCCGCCGGCGGCCACUGCUCCGGCGACUGCCAGCGGCCCCCGGUGGCCGCCGAUCCUCUGCCGACCGCUGGCAUCAGCUACCGGCCGCUGCUGGAGUUGACCGUGCCCUCCGCCAGCUACGGAGGUCCACAGGAGGAAGAAGAAGAAGACGACGAUGACGACGACGACGAAUGCUGAUUUCGAGGCGAUGUGUGUCUUACAUCAGAGGACGAGAGUCCUUCGAGGAGCGUGUAAUUUGCAGCAAUUUGUAUUAUAACGAGAUGCAUUGAACUCCCUAGUGUCUAGUGUCUUGUCUCUUUGUUUUACAACCAAUCGGUCAAUACACUUCUUGUUUUGCU